AUGGAGCUCCCUGCGGAUGAAGGCCUGUGGGAUGAUGACGAGGAUGAGGAUGAGGACUUUCAGGCAUCGGACGAGGGGAGCUCGGGUUCUGAGGACGAGGAGGAGGCAGAUGAAAAGCCCAAGAAGAAGGGCAAGGCCAAAGCCAAGCCCAAGGUCGUGAAGAAGGGCAAGAAGACGCCUGCAAAGAAACCAGACAAGCGCAAGCGCAAGCCGGCUAUGGUGGACGAGGAGGCUGAGGACGACGACGAGGAGGAGGAGGAUGACGACAGCGACGACGGCGGCCGCGGCAAGCGGCGGCGGCGCACCGCGGGCGCGCAGUUCAUUGAUGAGAUGGCGGCGGUGGAUGACGAGGACGAGGAGGAGGAGGCCGAGGAUGACAUGGAGGAGCUCAUCAAUGACAAGGACGAGGAGCUGGGGCCAGAGGACCUGGAGGCAGGGCAGGCGGCGGCGGCAUACAGGCGAGCGGCAGGCGGACGGGCGCUUCCACGGGCCGGGCCAGGCGCGCCCCUCGCAGGGGUCGCGGCAGGGGCGGGGGCGGGGGCGGGACUUGCGCAUCCCCUCAGCCCGGCCGCGAGCGAGCGCGCGCUGUGGGCUGACGACCGCACCGAGGAGGAGCUGGCGAAGUACAUUGAGGAGCGCUACAAGGGCAUGGCGGAGGAGGAUGACUACGAGGGGGGCGAGUACGAUGGCGACGCCCUCGGGCAGGAGGUGCGGGGGGGCAAAAGAGGCAUCACCAAAUGA